GUUUUCUGACGGUCAUUCCCCAAACGACAACUGUUGCGAAAUCGGGACGGCAAAUACGCUUCUAUCUAAUCACUGCGCACAUAGGCGCUGAACUGCCCCCAUAUUAUGACAAGAUGGUUAUGGCUCGAAUACAGUUUUCGCUGAGAAUCGUCCACGGAAGGUUGCGCUCUCCAAAGUGCAAAAUUUGCAAAAUGUGCAGAAUGCAGUUAAACGAAAGUGGAAUGUUGUGUCUGUUUUUAUUGUUGUCCCUCAUGCUGCGGAGUGGAGUGCAAGCCGCUCCGCGCUUACAUUCGUCGUCGAAUACUAUUGACCCGGAGGAGGCUGCCGGCUUGGUAGAGGGUGAUAUGAAACUGAACGAAUACGAGCAGCAGGACAUGCAGGGCCGUAAUGGAUUAAUAGCCGCAGAAAAACGAUGGCCAAAUAAUUUGGUCAUCUACAAGAUAUCCGAGGAUUUUGAUGACUCACAUAGGGCAGCUAUUUUGAAGGGCAUUGCAACGUUGGAGGAGAACACAUGUGUUCGCUUCAGAGAGGCUGAGCCCGAAGAUACGGCCUAUGUGGAUAUUAGUGCGAAGCCAGGCGGCUGCUACACAGCCGUGGGCUAUCGCGGCACUGUGCAGGAGAUGAACCUGGAGAUCUACCCUCUGGGAGAGGGCUGCUUCCGUCCCGGUACCAUACUGCACGAGUUCAUGCACGCUAUGGGCUUCUAUCAUCAACAGAGCUCCUCCAUACGCGACGACUAUAUACAAGUGGUAUACGAUAACAUAGUGCCGGGCAAGGAGUUCAACUUUAAGAAGUACGAGUCCACUGUUGUGACCGAUUUCGAGUUGGGCUACGACUACGAUAGCUGCUUGCACUAUCGCCCCGGUGCUUUCUCCAUUAAUGGCGAGGACACAAUUAUCCCGUUGGAUCCAAAUGCACAGAUUGGCCAGCGAGUUGGACUGAGCGCCAAGGACAUAGAUAAGAUCAACAUAAUGCACAAGUGUCCGCUGCUGGUAUGAGGCCAUAUCCUCGUGAGGACCAGAUGUCCUGUAUACCCUACAUAGUAUUAGCAAUUGUGAUAUUUCUGUGGCUAGCCUAUUUUUGGCGAUGAUUAGCCGAUAAGCUGGGGAAAAAACUUAAAUAUCAUUGCCCGAUGUAUUUAUUAGUUUGCCUUGUGCGCAACGUAUAAUAACAAAGUGAAAUUUAUUAUACUUAGUACAUACUCGAA